AUGGUGGCAAAGCACCACAUCGUCUCUCGAAUCAUCAAGACGCACCAGGUGCCAAUCAUGAAACUAUCGAUAGUCGGCUUAACAACUCUCGUCACUGCGGCUUACGGCUUUACUUCUUCAUCAUCGACUACAACGUCUUCAAGAAAGACACUUUUUCCAUCCUCAUCUUUCCAGCAAGGAGUACUCCACAGCAGAAGCAGCAGCAGCAGCAGCAGUAGCAGCAUGUCAUCCACAAGCACUGCCACUACGGUUCCGUCAUGGGAAACACUGCAAUCCGAUGUGGGAGAGACUCCUGUGGGUCGAGCAUUGAAUGAGCAAAUCAAGCUUCGGGCUGAUGGAAAGGGAUCACCGCACGUUCAGAACAAAUUGCGCAAAUUUCAAUCGGAUGCUGAUCCUCAAAUCACACUGUACCGUGAUCAUGCUGGUUGGUGCCCUUACUGUCAAAAGACCAUGUUGCUCAUCGAAGAGAAGCAAAUUCCCAUCAAAAUUGGUCUCGUACCUAUGCGAUCCUAUGGUGACAAGCCACGAGAAUUCUUGCAAAAGGUCCCAAGUGGCCUGUUGCCAGCAAUCGAAGUCAAUGGUCAAAUCAUUACGGAAAGUUCCGUCAUUAUGGAAUUGCUGGAUAAGUGGCACCCACCUAAAGAUGGCUACAAGCCAAUGUUACCACAAAAUGACGCAGAUAUGAAGCGUUAUGAACAGCUAGCAAGAUUAGAAAGAGAAUUGUUUAGCUGGUGGUGCACAUUCAUGUUCCGACCCGAAAUGGGAGGAGGUGCCUUGGCACGGCUAAUGGGCGGAAAAGGUGGUGGUGGCGGCGGCAUGUCGGGUUCCAUGCAAAGUUUCAUGGACUGUCUGAAAACAGUCGAUGCUGAACUGAAAAAGACCAACGGGCCAUGGUUCUUUGACAAUGAUUACCCAACCAUGAUUGACUUUGUCUUUGUGUCCCACGUGGAACGAAUGUUGGCCAGCUGCGCGUAUUGGAAGGGUCUCAACUUGCGAGACCCCAAGUGGAAGUUGGAUGGACUAAACAAUUGGUUAGAAGCCUUUGCCAAACGGGAAUAUUUCUUGGCAUUUGCGGCAGACCAUUACAAUACAAUCAAGAACAUUCCUCCACAAUACGGUCCUGGCUAUGACGGUGGAUUCGUCGACGACCAAGAGAAGAUGUCGCGGAACAUUUUGGGCGAAGAUGGGUCCUGGAGCCUGCCACUGUCUCAUGAUGACGAGCUCCAGCCACUGUACAAGGGACCCCCUCUUCCAGUGCCAGUCCUCGAAUCCAUGGAUCUUCAGCCCGAUGCGAAUGGAGCCUACGAGUCAGUGGACCCCGCUGUUAUGCAGAAAGCUUGUCGUCUCAUGGCGGCUUGGAAACUGGCCGGGAACGGAGUCAAGGUCGCCAAUUUCGCCGCCCGUGGUGGACCAGAAGGAGCCCGCAAUCCACGCAAGACAUUUGGUGCGGAAUUGGCAGACCCAUACGCCGAGUUUGAUGACGCCAUUGUUCCUUCGGUGGAUGUGGCCCUGCGAAUUGUCUGCAUGGCUCUGAAAGAAACCGAUCAAGAUGGACUUCCCGAUGCCGCACUGGCUCAAAUGUUGAAAGAAUCAGUACCCCGAGAGCAUUUGGCAGGUGUCCUUUCAAGUAUAUGCUACGUCCGAGACCGAGUCGGAGUUCCAAGAGAUUUGCCCUUGGCCUCUGGCCGAUACCUACGAGCAUACUUGAACUGGGCGAUUAGUAGCCUGAGCUAA